AGGGUUAGUAUAAUCACUGUAAGUUCUCCUCAUUUCUGUAUUGUUAUCGCAGGACACAAUAAUGGCGGCAUCCCUAAUCAAUCACUUGGGGUUUUGUGCGUUGUGGUUGACAGUUUUGUUCAUGCUACCAUUAAUGUCCCACUGCGCAGAUCCCGAUCCAUUGCAGGACUUCUGCGUUGCAGUUCUGGAUAAUAGCUCAUCCUCCAUCCCCGGCGUUAAUGGCUUCCCCUGCAAACCAGCGUCGGAGGUCACCUCAGACGACUUCUUCUUCGACGGGUUCACCCAAGAGGGAGACACGAACAACGUGUUCGGAUCCGCGCUAACUCCGGGGAACGUUCUCACGUUCCCGGCGUUGAACACGCAGGGGAUAGCGAUGAACCGGGUGGAUAUCGGGCCGGGAGGGAUGAACCCGCCGCACUCCCACCCGCGGGCGAGCGAGACGGGGGUGGUGAUCCAGGGGAAAGUGCUGGUGGGGUUCGUGACGGCGGCGGGGAAUGUUUUCUACUCCAAAGUGUUGAGGAAAGGGGAGAUGUUUGUGAUCCCCAGAGGAUUGGUGCAUUUUCAGAUGAAUGUGGGGAAGAAUAAGGCUCUGCUUUUCACGGCGUUCAAUAGCCAGCUUCCCGGCGCCGUUGUCCUGCCGUUAACCCUAUUCGCCUCCAAACCUCCUAUUCCUGUUGAGGUCUUGACUAAGGCUUUCCAAGUAGAUGCUGAUGUUGUUCAUGGCAUUAAGGCUAAGUUUGGUGCUAAUUAAUUGAUGAUCUUUCUUUUGUUUGUUUGUUUGUUUGUUUGUUAAACUCAAUUAUAUUGUCAUUCGUUCAACCUCUACUUUUACAUAAACUUACUUUCUUGUAUACAAGUAAAUAAUAAGUGAAUACCUAGCUAUUUGGUUUUCAUA